AUGGCGCGAACCAGAGGGGCUAAGUCUUCCUCUCCUUCAAGCCGCAAGAAAAGCCUGCGAAAGGAGCCAGUUCCAGAUCCCAUCUUUGAGCCUUCGCAGCCGAAAGCAAUUUCUCCUCCGGUGAAGCCCGCGCCACCAAAGCCUCCGGCGAGACGUUACCUUACCAGGUCAGGGGGUCGACCGCUGCAGAAGAGACCAAGGGUUGAAAGCUCAGAACCCAUUGACUUGACGGAGCAAUUUCCAGAGCCAUCGCCGGUUCCAACUCCAGUAUCCUCGCCAGUUUCAUCGCCGGUCCCAUCUCCAGUUCCAUCUCCGGUGCCAUCUCCGGCGCCGCCAGCAGAGCCUAAAGAGCCUCAGCCACCGCUUCCCGAGCCCCAAAUUCCAGCUGAAAUAGCUCCGGAAGAAGUAAUCAGGCGGCCAAUGCUAACUCAGUCCCCAAUUGAGGGAAAUUUGGAUUGUAGAGCUCGGUCAUUCCACUCCGAGCUAUGCUUUGACAUAGCCACAUUCCGAUUGCAGCCAGAGCUUGCACAGACAUUCAACCUGCUGAGGAGAUAUCACAUGGAGCACCUACUGACUCCGAGAGACUUUUUCUACCCCAGGCUUCAGCUUCAUUUCGACCUGCCACCAGCUGUUGAGCUCUCCACUUCUACCACAGCAGUGCCACACUCUCAUUCAGCAGAGCCUCAGGCCCCAUCUGAAGCACCAGCUGAAGAGGCAGACCCAUCUGCCUAG